AUGCCAGCAGGAGCCCAGGCAGCCAGCGGCCAGCAGCCAGCCCCAGCUCUCCGCUCCGGCCCUGUGUGCUUCCCAGGGCAGGGCUCCGGCUCCGGCUCCUCCACUGAGACCCCCCUCGCGGUGGGACCAGCUGGCCCCAGUGUCACUCCGGACAGAGAUGGCCAACAGGUAACUGAGGACAAACAAAAGCCGGGACUUGGAUGGAGUUCCUUAAGGACCACGUGUGCGGACCAGGGCCAUGCAGACGCUGCGGUCUCUAACUCCAGCCCCCAGCACCUCACCUUGGAGCCCCAGCAGAGAAAAACUACGUGGUCGGGAGGAGUUAAACUUCGGCUGAAGCACAGGCGCAGUGAACCUGCAGGCCGACCUCACUCUUGGCAUUCAACCAAACUUGGGGAGAACCAACCUGAUGCCAGCAUGAUGCAAAUAUCCCAGGGCACGAUUGGCACUCCCUGGCACCAAAGCUACCAUUCCAGCUCCUCCACAAGUGACCUCUCCAAUUAUGACCAUGCUUAUCUGAGAAGGAGCCCUGACCAGUGCAGCUCCCAGGGGAGCAUGGAGAGCCUGGAACCCGCGACAGGAUACCCACCAUGCCAUCUUCUGUCCCCUGCCAAGUCCACCAGCAGCAUCGACCAGCUCGGCCACCUCCAUAGCAAGAGAGACUCUGCAUACAGUUCCUUCUCCACCAGUUCUAGCAUUCUAGAGUAUCCACCUCCUCCGGGCAGCUCUGCUCGGGAACGCUCCGGCUCCACGGAUACCUCUUCUGCUCGAGGGGGCCUCCUGGAAGGCAUGCGGCAAGCAGACAUUCGCUAUGUCAAGACCGUCUAUGACACUCGGAGGGGAGUAUCAGAAGAGUAUGAGGUGAACUCUUCCGCCCUGCUGCUUCAAGGGCGCGAGGCCCGAGCAUCAGCAGAAGGUCAGAGCUAUGAGAAGUGGCACAAUGGUUCUCGGGGCAAAGGGGUACCACACACAUCCUGGAACCAGCAGUGGCCCAGCGCCCUGGAGUCUGCCACUGACAAACCACCUCCUAAAGUGGGUGCACCCUUACCCCCAGCUCGGAGUGACAGCUUUGCAGCCAUCCGACACCGCGAACGGCCCAGCUCCUGGUCUAGCCUGGAUCAGAAACGGUUCUGCCGGCCUCAGGCCAACUCCUCAGGCUCCCGGAAGUCUCCAUACGCCGAGGAACAGCUGCACACUGUUCCCGAGAAAAGUCCAGAGAGCAGCCCCCCAGUGAAGCCCAAGCAUAACAGUCCCCAGAAGGCCCAGCCAGGCCAACCUCUGCUCCCCACUGGCAUCUACGCGGUCCCUACCGUGGAGCCACACUUUGCCCAGGUGCCCCAGCCCUCCAUCAACAGUAAUGGGAUGCUUUACCCGGCCCUGGCCAAGGAGAGCGGCUAUGCUGCCCCUCAGGCCGCCUACGACAAGAUGGCGACAUUUGAUGAGAAUGGGAACCAAAAUGGGCCCAGUCGGCCUGGUGCCACCUUCUACCAGCCCAUCCAGCAAGACUGGCUGUCAGCAGCGGAGAGGAAACCAGAAACUACAGCCCAGUUUGCUGCCUACAAAGCCCAUGUCCCAUCCGUGCCUGAAAAUGAGGAAGAUAUCUCCCUGAGGGGACAGCUCUUGUCUCCCCCAGGCGACAGCCCACAGCCCACUGGGAGAAAGGGCACCCACGGCAGCAAGCCACACUCUGAUCCCCACAGUCUAAGCCCUGCGCCAGCCCCCACCUGGCAAGUGGACGACAGGCAAUCUUCCCGGCCCUCAGAGCCCUGGGGGGUGCGUUUCCGAGAAGACCCUAACGCCAACCUCCCGAGGAGGCAGGAGACAGAAGGCCUCGGCCAGAGCCUAGCUAGAAACUUUGGUAAGGCCAAGUCAGCCUUCUCAUCUCUCCAGAACAUUCCAGAGAGCCUACGACGGCGAAGCAGCCUGGAGCUGGGCGUCGGAUCUCAGGAGGGCUACCCAGAGGGCAAGCCAGCCUCCGCCGUCAGCACGAAGGCAGAGGACCCUGGAAGGAGAGUCGCACCUGACCACAGGAGCCACCUCAACAGGCUGGUUUCCCAUCCGGGACCCGAGGUGAGAGCCGACCUUUCUGCCUCCCUCCACAGCUCUGACCCCCGGUCCGCCGAGCCCGCCUCCCCGCCACACCCGCAGACGGCCAGUCUGGGGAGGCCCAUCUCCUUCCCGCUGCAGGGCUUUCAGUGCGGGAAGCCCCGCUGUUCCGUGCUGGAGAAGGUUUCCGAAAUCGAGCAGCGAGAGCAAGGGGCCCAGAGGCCCUCACACCUCGUGGGCCCCUCCACUUACGGCUACUCCUAUAGGCCCACCAGGGCGGGGUCAACUUCCGGGAGUGAACCGGAAGAGGCGCGAGCCAACAGCCGCUCUGCGUGCCUCGAGCCUCCCAGCGACGCGACUGUGGAAGAUGGUUCCUGCCAGCCCUGCGGCCCACAACUGAGGAGGGGUGUGGACGGCGGCCGCGGCCCCCCACCCCGAGGCGGCGAGCCCCCCAGGCGCGAUGCUCGCCUUCUCCGCAGCCAGAGCACCUUCCAGCUCUUCAGCCCGGCGGAGAAAGAGGCCGGGUGGCCAGAUGGCCGGCCCAGCAGCCCCGAGUCGCCCCUGCUGGACGCCCCCUUCAGCCGCGCCUACCGGAACAGCAUCAAGGACGCGCAGUCCCGCGUCCUGGGGGCCACCUCCUUCCGACGGAAGGACCUCGAGCCGGGGGCGCCCGCGACAUCCAGGCCCUGGCGACCCAGGCCUGCGUCGGCCCACGUGGGGCUGCGGAGCCCCGGGGCACCCGUGGGGAUCUCCCAGUCCCCCCACACACCCCGGGAGCGGCACAGCGUGACCCCGGCCGAAGGGGACCCGGCCCCACUUGUGAUCCCGGCCGCCGUCCGGAGGGGGGCACGCCGGCGCCUGACCCCGGAGCAGAAGAAGCUCUCCUACUCGGAGCCCGAAAAGAUAAACGAGGUGGGGGUCUCGGAGGAGGCCGAGUCCGCGCCGUUGGGUCCGCAGAGGAAGGGGCUGCCCUUCCCGGAGACCACGGUGGCCGACCGCCGCCGCAUCUUCGAGCGCGACGGCAAGGCCUGCUCAACGCUCAGCCUGUCGGGCCCCGAGCUGAAGCAGUUCCAGCAGAGUGUCCUGGCCGACUACGUGCAGCGCAAGACCGGCAAGCGGCCCUCGUCGUCCUCCGCGGGCUUCGCCUUCCACGAGCCCGCGCCGCUGCGGGAGCGCGCGCACAGCUCCCACCUGCACCCCGCGCCGCCCGAAGGCCCCUGCCUCGCCUCGGCCUCCAGCCUGAGCUCGCUGCUGCUGCUGCGGGAGCCGAGCUUGCAGCCCCACCGGGAGCCCCCGCGCACCCCACGGAAUCUCAGCAGCUCCUUUGCCAGCGGCCGUCUUCUCUGGGAACGGAGGCACGCGGAGCCCCACGCCCCAAAGGAGCCCGCAGUUAAUGGCGGGCCUCGAGGUCCCCAGAGGGUGGACAGGACCCCUGGAGAGCCAUCCUCCUGGGGGAGCACCGCGGGGAGGACCGGGAAAUCCAAGUCGGCAGAGGACCUGCUGGAACGCUCCGAUGCCCUGGCCGUCCCUGUCCACGUGAGGUCCAGGUCGUCUCCCAUUGCUGACAAACAGCGCCAGGAUAUACUUUUUGGGGACAAGAAUAGCCUUGGUCUUAUUGAGAAGAACCCAUGUUCCUCGGCUGGCCCUGGAUCUAGGUCACUCAGUUGUUCAGAAAGAGACCGAGAAGAAGUGCCAUUGCUCAUACACCCUACAAACUCCCAUCCAGGUGGCACAGGCUGCAGAACAGUCCUCGGCCCCUCAGUUCCUAGUGAGUGUCCUGGACCCCAAGACUCUCAGAGGCAAGCCAAUAGGACAUCUUGCCCCAGGCCACUGCCAGCAGGAAUGCAGGGCCAUCUCCCAGAUACCAGGAUGGGACCACUCAGCUCUGCUCUGCCUGCCACCUACUCCUCACAGGCUGCGGCCACCCAGCAGGCCGGGAAUGAUGAUGGCCUGCCAGGGCAACAGCCUCUUUCACCAUCCACCCCUGUACCGACCUCCAGAAGCAGUGGUCUCAGCCUGACCCAGCCUGCAAGUUUGAGAGGCCCUGAACCCACCAGCCCAGAGAAUGGGAUCAAGGAGGGGAUGAGGAAAAGGGCCUCGUUGCCUCAGAGGCCACCUCCCCCACGAGUGAAAUGGGCCCCCACAGUCCUGGAGGACAGCCUUCCCGAGGAAUCCUUGCCGCCUGAGUUUGUAAACCUGAAGCACUACAAAAGGCAGCCAAGCUUUCCAAGUUCAAGCAGCACUUCUGACCCAGACACACCUGUCAGGGCCCCAAGCACUCCAGGGAGGAUCUCCCUCCGAAUAUCCGAGUCGGCCCUUCAAGCCUCACCACCAGCUCGUGAGGACUAUGACGAUGAAGUGUUUGUGAAGGACCUGCAACCCACUGCCACUUCUAGCCCCACAUUUGAAGCUCUUCUCCCACCCCCACCUCCUCCUUCUCCUCCUCAGAGCCUGGAAAGCCCAUUGAAUGUCUUGGAUGAUUUUCCUCCACCCCCUCCUCAAGCGCUGUAUGAGGCACAUCUGGACAGCAAAACUUUUGAGGAUCCCCAAGCCAGCAGCUCUAGCAAAUUUCCCAGGGUAUCGACUGUGAGAGAAAGAGCAGUGCCUGACGCAGCCCCUUUGGUGAGCAGUCAGAUACUGGCUUCCAGAGCCCAUUCUUCUAUCAAAGCUUCAGAAGCCCAAGAGGCCAACCUGCCCUCCUUCAUGAGUGCCCAGCUCCAACUGGCUGGGUCUCUUGACAAGCAGCCAAGCCCAGGGCAGCCACCUCCCACUCAGACCCCACGCCUGGGCCCCGAUCCAGUCACUGGAACUCGGGGCUUAGAAGAGAAAGUCAGUGAUGGCCCUCAGAAGUCAGAAGACAUCAGGACAGAGGCUCUAGCCAAGGAGAUUGUCCACCAGGACAAAUCUCUGGCAGACAUUUUGGACCCAGACUCCAGAAUGAAGACAACUAUGGACCUGAUGGAAGGUUUAUUCCCCCGGGAUGUUCACCUGAUGAAGGACAACAGCAUAAAAAGGAAGGUCACACAGAGAGCUGUCAUCUACCCAGGAGGCGACUGCAAAUGGAAUGAAGAAAAGGAAAUGGUGGGCAUGUUGGUCAACAGUUCGGCUUACUACAGUGUGUCUGCUCCCAAGGCUGAGCUUUUGAACAAAAUCAAAGAUAUGCCGGAAGAAGUGAAUGAGGACGAGGAACAGGCAGAUGUCAAUGAAAAGAAGGCAGAGCUCAUUGGGAGCCUUACUCAGAAGCUCGAGACCCUUGAGGAAGCCAAGGAGAGUGUGCUGAUGGACAUCAAGUUGAAUAACGCCUUAGGAGAAGAAGUAGAGGCUUUGAUCUGUGAGCUUUGCAAGCCCAAUGAAUUUGACAAAUACAAGAUGUUCAUCGGGGACUUGGACAAAGUGGUCAACCUGCUGCUCUCCCUCUCGGGACGCCUGGCCCGUGUUGAGAACGUCCUUAGUGGCCUUGGGACAGAUGCCAGUAAUGAAGAACGGAGUUCUCUCAACGAGAAGAGGAAGAUCCUGUCGGGGCAGCACGAGGACGCCCGGGAGCUCAAGGAGAACCUGGAUCGCCGAGAGCGGGUGGUGCUGGACAUCCUGGCCCACUACCUCUCGGAGGAGCAGCUCCAGGACUACCAGCAUUUUGUGAAGAUGAAGUCAACACUCCUCAUUGAGCAGCGCAAGCUGGAUGACAAGAUCAAGCUGGGUCAGGAGCAGGUCAAGUGCCUGCUGGAGAGCCUCCCCUCAGAUUUCAUUCCCAAGACGGGGGCCCUGGCCUUGCCCCCGCACCUGAUGGGAGAGACGGUACCUCCUGCUGGGGGAUGUACUUUCAGUAGGAUUUUCCCAGCAUUCACCUCUCCACUUUAACCUCUCCUAAAACAUUCAACCAAAAAAUCCGCUUUUCUCUCAACACUAUUUAAUUUUGAAAAGGUUCCUGUACAAACCACCGUUUUAAACGAUUGGGGCUACUGGGGGAAAAAGGCCUGGUUUGGGUUUGUUUGAAGGUUUUUCCUUCUCUCCUUUCAUGAUUGAUCCUCUGAGAGCUGGAAUGCGCCUGGGAAUGUCCCCGCCCCGCUCUUACUGCAGCAGAAAGAACAGUCAAGGGACUGACAACUAUUUGGAGGAUGCCUGACGGACUGCGCCACCUCAGGAAUGUACCCACAGUGGCCUGCCUUUCUUGUGGGCAGCGUAUCCUGACAGCAGGGUACGUACGCACCCUUGUUAAUGAAGGGGCUGCAGCACAUCAAGCCUUAUAAAGACAGUCACACACACACACACCCCGAGAGAAAAGAAUUAUAAAAACCUUGAACAUUGUUAUUUAUAUUUUCUGAAAUGUAAAGAAAGAUCUUUGUGUGCUAACUGCUCAUUUGAUUCUGUUUUGUGGUGGACGUAGACAAUGACGUUUGAACUUUGUAUUUUUUGUGAAAACCUUAAUGAAAAUGAAUUCCAAAGAGAGCCA